AGCGUCUGCAAUGCACGAGUGAUCGCUAUUAAACUACUGCUGUAGUGCCCACAAUAUUUGCCACCGUGGAGGAUUAUUCAGAAACAGGCUGAUGUAGAGACCUGCUCGGAUUAUUUCCACAGAUGAUCCGGAACUUUUAAGUUCAAGGGUAUUGUGAGUACCACAAUGGGUAUUGAAUGCACGCCAUUAGGCUUAUACAGCGUGUAGGCUUCACUACGACUGCGCACUUCGAUGGUUUCGGUUGGAAAGUUUACUUGAAGAAAACCAACUCUCCCCCACAGAGACGAGAGUUCCAUCUGGCGGAAAGACAACUAUUGUCCAUGUCACGUCUUCAUUGUCGUCCCCAAAAUCCCUCUUUUCAGUCACCGGAGGCCAAUUUUGAUUGGAGUUAACUGCGUGGAAAGAUACAGGCGAAUUGAGUGAGAUUAGGGUAUUCAUGAGCACUCACCGCAAGAGAGGAACGUAGAUUUACAUGUACAACAGGUACAUAACACAUUGCUUAGAAACGGGACGCCGAAGCCCACAAGUUUGCACGUAGGCCCGGGCAAAGUGUCGUUCCGGACGGCACCACAUGUAGCGUUGUUGGGGUGGAGGUCAGACCAAAACCCGUAAACAUUUGGAUCAGCAACACAGUUUUGGGUGACAUAUUUUUUGGUCUUUCCUGGACUGAAACCUGUGACUAUGGAUAUAAAUGAGGCAAGCCUUCUGGAUUGGAGAAAGUGACGGCAGUGCAACAUGGAAAUUGAAGAGGUAGCGGCUCACAACGCGGAUGUUUACAAUCCGGGGAGGGGAUCAGCUCAAAAAAGAAAGAGGGAGAAAGCGCAGGACCAGCUCCGUAACCGAAUGAGAAGACGGAAUAAUGGUCCCUCCACAUCAAUGGUAUCCACCCGAUCAUUCAGGAGCUCCCAGCGUGACAAGGACGAGUCCACUCUCAUGCCGGGGGUGAAGUCCUUGUGGGAUGAUGCAAAACACAACUCAACAAGUGAAGAAUGGAGGAGUCAAGAAGCCCGCUACACCACCUUGGCCCACCCUGACAGGGUGGGCGCAGAUAAGAGACACAGACAGGGGGAGGUACCGCUGACAGAACUGGUUGGCAGGGUCAUGCAGCGGAGAGGUCACUCUACCACUCAAAGCUCGCCUAUGACCAUCAGAGCCCUCAGACCCCCUGCACCUCCAUAUGCCAUCCAACAUCGGGGCCUCAUUAGAAAAAUACAGCCCGUCAACAAACGGAAGCCUGCAAGUGGAGGGCCUUAUGUUGUUGUCCUUAAUAGAAGCUCUUCAGCUAACCUAUCAGGACCAACGGAGAGCAAGGAACCGAGAGAUCUACCCCCACUGAAGCAACAUCACAACUCCGCUGAUGUGGAAAUUGCGACAUGGCGGCCAGAGCUGACAAUGACGCAUGAGCCCUACGUGCACCCGAACGCCGAGGACAGGUCGGUGACAAACUACCGACUGCAGAUGCAGCAGGCUAUCAAAAUAGCAGAGCUACGCUGUGACUUUUCCACCAGCUCCAAGCCGAUGCACAAGCAUGCGCCGCUUCCUGCCAUCCAAGUCGCUUACGAAGUCUCAGACACCCCAAAGGCUUGCAACUCAAAUGUGGAAGAUAAGGCAGAUGCUGUAGGCACUGAGAAAGAUCAAGUAGCUCAUCAACCUGAAAGUAAGUUGAAGGGCCUUCAAAGAGAGACCUUUCAGAAAGCUAAUAGAUUCACGUCCAGCCACGAGGUCCUGCAACAGAUGCAGGCUCGCAAGCAUGCCAAACGCCGGAAAGCACACGGCAACGACUUCAACAACCCCCUGAGAACUCGGAAUCGGUUCACAACCAAGAUGAAAGUCUUCAAGGCGGACCUGCAGAAGUCACGGGAGUUAUCCAUCAUCCAGGAGGAUCAGUCGUCUAUCAGUGAACGUCUCAGCAGGCUGUCAGCUGGACGGACAAGCGCCGCAUCUUUCAGGAGUGUGGGCUCCUUGAAAAGGAUCGAAGAAUCUGAAAUCCCAAGCAUUACCAACAAACAAGAGGUGUCAGGUGCUUCCAAGACUGAAAGUAAAGAAAACAACAGGAACCCAGACGCACUAUCAACAGUGAAUAUUGUAGAACAUCCAGACACAAACGUGCUAUGUGAAAGCACAGGUACACCAGCUGAUCCCGAUCCACUGUCUCAAAGUGAUGAGAUGUUACCUCUACUUCAUUCAGAUGACAGUGCUGACAGUUCGGAUGACGGUGCUGAUAAUGCAGAUACUACUAGUGAUUUUGCAUCAGACUCGGUAGAACCAACUUCUGAAGGAUUAAGCAAUGGACAGGACUCGCAAGAGUCUUUGACCAACACAGAUCUAUGUUCACCAUGUGAAAUCAGUAAAAUCCUACCGCAGCAAGUGCAAGACAUGCCACCUGAAGUUGGAACUGACAACUCAACCUCAGUUCCAAGUCAAGACGAUGUAACAGACUCUGAUACAAAAUGCAUCACCAAUUCAAUGAUAAAUUCUAGCCAAUCCAUGGACUCGGCGACACCUGAGGAUUCAAGAUAUCAGCAUGGGUCCAUUAUCUCGGACAUCUGUGACACUUCUUCUAGUUCUGAAGAUGCAAGUGUGCUCGUGGAAACAAAAUCGGCUAUGAACCAAAAACCUGAUGGUUCUUAUGUUGAGAAAGCAGACAGUCAGCAGGGUUUUACUGCGAACACAUUUGAUUUGAGAGAUGUUAUCUUGCCAGCUGAGACAGUCCAAUAAUUUUCUCCUGUCUCUGCAGACCUGUCCGAUGAAAAGUAGCAACAAUACUAAUUGCAAUGCUGCGUGUUAUUAGCAUCUGAAGUGUUUUUUUUUAAGUUAUGCAGAUGUACUAGUUGGUUGCUUUACAGAAUUUGAACAUUUUACUAUAUCAAGGGCUGUAAAAGGCAUCUCUAGAUGUGUAAUGUGAUGUUUAAAAGGGCACUGCGUCCUAAAACCCCCCAAAAUUUUAUGCUUUGGAUUGUUUACAUAUCUUAUUUCAAAUAUCUGGUUGAAAGAAAACCAACCUAAUGUCUUACCGUUACCGAGAAAAGACGGGAAAAAAAACACGUUGUAUACAUCGGACACGACGGUGUACGCAUAGGUUUUCCCGUCAUUUUCAUUCAAUGUAUGAUACAUGUUGUGUGUCACAUAAAUAUUACACACAGCACCAAUGCACAAAUGCGGUUUCUUACACGUCUGCAAAAAGCAAACAACUUACGGCUGAAGUCACAACUAGCACGAACAGCCCGAUUUUUGGGUUCGCAAAAUUGGAACCAGAAAUUCAGUCUCGCACGAAUAACGCAAAAAUGCCCAGUUUUUAAAGGAUAGUUGUGUGGAUGUUUAUAUUCUACUUUUAAAUGCUCUUUUUGAUUAACAUCAUUUUGUUUAAAAUGCACUUGGGCACUUUCCAGGACGCAGUAUCCCUUUAACACAACCUGGUCACCCCAUUGCCUGGCACGAACCAAUUUCAGACUAUUUUAUUUGCUGGCGGUUUUGCAGAAUACUUUUUGGUUAAUGGUAUUUCAAUUUUUAUGGAGAUUGUCUGCAGAGACAUCUACAUGUAUAUGUGUGUGGUUCAAAAUACUUCUGUAUCAUUCGCUUCUAUUUACAAAAUAUAUUAACAACUCAAUUUCCUGUACAGCUAAAAAUGCAUUACAACCGAAUGAAAUAUGGUUUAGAAGUUACAGUACACUGAACGAGUGGCUGGUUUUGGUAGGACACAAAUUCAAACAAGGAUGGGAAAAUAAGUACUUAGGCCUAUAUUUGGGAGGCCGAAAGGAGUACAUGAACACACAGCUUGGGCUUUUGAGUAAUGUCGCCUAUCUUUAAUUUCCCAUCAAUGAUGUAAGUUUGCAAUAAAGUUAAUUAAAUACACGAACAUGUAUAACUGUUGACUGUAAUCCACUGUAAUUAAAAUACAAUGAUCUAAUUGCAAAUGCCUUCUUUAAAGAUGAUUCCCCAUGUUAUUUUGGGGUUUUCAAACCACACCCUCCCCCCCCCCC